AUGACGGCAGCAGUAUACCGCAGCACGCCGGACCUCUCAGUUCCACCGACGCAGAACACCGCACCUGUCUUUGAGUUCAACUGCCUAUACACCCACGAUGUCAAGAAGAAGGCGAAGAAAUGGCAGGAUGGCUUCCUUCGCUACCACGCCUUCAACAAGCGGGUCAUGGUGUACGAUGUCCCUCGAAAUCUCAUUGGCGACUGCCACUGGACGGAAGACGAUGCACUGCAAGAGGGCGACGAGUUGCGACUCGAGAGGAACGGCGUGAUGGUGGAAGUUGGGGAUAGUAUUGGACAGACCGAGACCGACCUCUCUGAGCUUAGAAAGAGCAGGAAGAAGGAUACGGCUGUCAAUAUGACAAAGCCUGCGGUGGUCAGACCUACGGUGAGGCCUGUAAAUGGAACGGCACCUGCGCGGGGAAAUGCACCGCAGAAACAUCGAUCUUUAGGCGCGCUACUCGGUACUCCCAAGGGCCCGAUUGGGAAGGCUGCGCUUCCGCAGAGGUCGCCAUUUGAAGAUAGGCAUGCACAAGGAGGGACCGAGAAUGAAGAGUGGGAGGAUGGAAGACCGCCAAAGAGACAGCGCAUGGUGACUGCUCCAGAAUGGAGCGUCACAAGGAAUACCAAUACCGCAAAACCGAUGAAGCAGCUUGAAACUCCUCUGUGGGCGCGAAAGGUCGAUGCCGCGAAGAAGCAGAAGAAGGCUGCCUCAGAAGCUGGGCAACAAAAGCUCGCCACAAAAGAGGUGAUCACACUGUCUGACGACGAUAACAAUGCGGCAGACUCGAGGGACCCUUUUCUACCCUGCUUUUCGGACGACGCUCUUGUACCAUCUUCGCCUGUUAAAGACAAGCGUAAAGAUGCCUGCAAGGCGGUUGGCCGAUCAAGCUCGCCUGCUUUUCAAACACAGCAUGCCCCUGCACCUGCACGACCAUCAAAAGAGACUGUACGUCCGAAGUCAAGAGCGAACGAACGAAAACGAGCGCAGUCACCGAUCAGGCCACACUCACCUCUUAAAGAAACUAGUCGUACAAUGGCACCUCCCAGAGUGAGAGAAGAGUCUGGCCGCGACACAUCGGAACGACUCAGACUUGACCCUAAGCCGGAUGCUAGAUCUGAUCCCCAACCUUCGAAACCUGCAAGCGGUAAGUCCGGUCAUACGCUGCGCCUCGCUGCGAGUGCACCCAAGAAGUCUAUGCUUCUAUGUCAGGCGCAGGUGUCCAAGAAGCCAAUGCGGAUAUCUUCAACUAGCUCAGAAAGGCAGGCAAACACGUCGUUUGACGCUGGUCGCGAGCACUCCCAGAAUCGCCCUAUGACUGCCAAAGAGAAACUCGAAGCUCGCUUGGCGAGAAUCGAUCAAAAAGAGGGUAGUACGAGCAGUGCACGAUUCCAGUCCAAAGGAAAGCCAGCGCCGAUCGAGAUCGAAAGUGAUGAUGGCACGGCGGAUGGAAAUGAGUCUGACGAGGGCGAGGGCAACGGAGGGCGAUCGCAGUCUACUCACGAGAGGUCGGCGAUAGAGCUUCGACGACUCGACGAGAUGAUGCUGCCACCUGCCGCUCCCAUAGUACCAUCGCGAACGCCCAAGCCUCCUUCGACAGCUCGACCAACCAAGCCUCCUUCACCGCCCCCUCCAGAGCCUCGGACUCUAAGACGAGUAGCUUCAGAGUCCGUCACAGCUCAGUCUUCCCGACCCAAACGAAUGCCCGGGGCGCCUGUGAGAUAUACGCCUUCGCCUUCCCCUACUAAGGGAUCGCGACAGACGACUCCAGUACCAGCCGCCGCCAGCAAGCAGACCAACAACGUACCUGCAACUAACAAGCCUGACGUACCAUCAAAGACAUACAAGCAGAAGAAGCCUCUGCAGAAAUCGGUCAGCCUCAACGUCACGUCCAACGGGACAUCCACAGUCAUGCUCAGCAGGCCCUUCCAAGCACCUGGCAAAGCAGCCAAGACGAGAGAGAAAGAGCCGGAGCCCCCGAAGGAUGUUGGCCCAUGGAGUCGAGAGGCUUUCGAUUUGUUUCUCUGGCGACCACCGAACUGGGACGAGGAGAAGUGGUGCGUCACAAGCUCAGAGGGAGUACCUAGUGCGCCUGAUGGCCUCAGCGGAGGCGCCUCGUUACCGCAUGUCUUAUGA